AUGGCUGGCCUGCAGAGCCGCGAGAGCGGAACUGGCCUCAGUCUCGGGCUAUAUUCGCCCGGUGGACGACGAAUGAAUCCACACGGCCGUGGUGAACGAGAUCCUGGAGGACAAGACCCGCAAGUCCUCCUUGGAGGCUCCUUGGGCUCCUUGGGCUCCUUGGAGGGUAGGCUAUGGUGUGGUGAAUUCUCGUACCGAUACGUGGCGCCGACCGAAAUGCGGGCAAGUUUGCAUCUGUCGACCGGGUCCUAUCCGCAACGUGCUAUCAACUUCGCUUCUUGGACAAUCGCGCAGAUCCUACACAUCUGCCUGCAGUCGAUGACACUGCCGUCCACCCUCAUCAAGCCAAAGCGAUCGAGCAGUUGGGAGAAUCACAACCUACGUCUCGUCUGGCUGCCAGGAUGUCCACUCACGGCGAACCGAAGUUUCAUGGCCGCCACCGCUUGGCCUAUCGGAAGGUGGGGCCUCAGCAGUGCGGCGGGUAAAACCAAGAGGUGCUACUGCCAUUCGCUGGAGGCGACUUCGGGCGUGGAUGAAUCCUACCAUUGGGCGCGUACCAGCGCGGAUGUGGCACGGAGUCCGCCCACGUCCGAGUCGCCGCACCAGCACCAACUUGCUGCUUCUACCCGACACGGCCUGGCCAUGAUGAAGAAUUUCAGGGGCAGCCUGGGCGAUGCGCUAUUCAUACUACGGCACAGGACAGGAUGA